UCAUCCCCCCCCCCCCCUCUGCUUUGCUAGUGAUUAAAAACAUUCCGCCACGAAUGGAAAACCAACACGAGGGAUAAAGCAGGGCCCAUGACGUCAUGAUAGCAACGAUUGACCGACACGUUUGGAUUAUGUUUCUUUCGUAUCUUCUUUUACAAUGCUCGUUAACACACAUCCUCCCCUUUACGGUGGUGCUGGCCAGCACCAUUGCCAAUCCGGAGCAUCACAACCCACAUCAACAGCAGCAGCAGCAGCAGCAGCAGCCAGCAAGCAAUAUAGAAGAUCUAUACCACCGAAUACUAGAUGACAACGAAUUUAGCUCCCAUGCCAACGUCCGGUUCAACCGGCACAGUGAGGCACGGGACCGGCUGGCCGCCUCCGCCGCCGCCACACCAUCCCGCUGGCAGGACUCCACGUCCACACAGCGCGUCAACAACAAUCGUAAGAUUAAUCUGGAACCCAGCCACUGGAGCCCAGUCCCCAAACCCUCCAGCGUAGAUAGCGUAAUGAGCGACCUGGACGAGCCCGCAGCGGACAGCGACCGAGCCGCACUCGAGGACGUGCACGAGCAGCGAGCGCUGUUCGAGCGGGAAGGCCUUAGCGCCGUGCUGCGUGAUGCCGAGACGCACGGUACCGUCCCGCACCGGGUCGCACCGGUCGAUCACUUUCCCGCCUAUCGCCGGCAUCGCCGAUCGUUGCUGAGAAGGCGCUCGAUCCGGUUGAAGGAGUCGGAGGGCGAAAAGCCGGCCGAGCUCGAAGAAGCUUCCAAGAAACCGCAACCAAACCACGCACCACAACCAACCGUGGAUGCUAAUUCCAGCGUACAUCCUAACCUGCCCCGAACGUCCGGUGUGUCUUCAGGCACUCCAGGCAAGGCAUCGGCGCCUACCGUGCCGCGAAACACCAACGACAACGGCUUGGCGAGUGGGCCGACCAGUGCCAAAGUCGAACACCUUUCAACCGUGACCGGUACGACCGAGCGAACAAUUAUGGCGUUGCCACCGUCGUCGUCGUCGUCAGCGUCCCCUUCACCACACCGUGCUGCUGCACCACAUCCGGCCGCCAUCGGCAUCGACAGUUUCAAUCUGCUCGACGACAGCGUCUACAUUGCGCCCGCCCACGGUCUGCGCAAUGACAGUGGCGGAGGCGCAUCGGCCCGCUUGCCCACCCUCGGCACCGACCUGACGCUUGACGCGAGCGGGAACAUUUUCGGUCGCGAAAACUUCGACGAGCAAAUUAUCUUUCUCAAUGGACCGGAUCUGCUGGAGCCGGGCAGCGCCGAGCAGGGCCAGCCGGCCGGAAAGGUGGCACGGGAAGUCGCCCGUGAGGUGGAGAUCGUUGGCGGGGGUUACGUGGCGGACGAGCCGCAAGCGCUGCCACUACGGCCGAUUAUCCGCGGCCCGUCCGAUGAGCACAAUGUGGAGGAGGACAACGUGGUGGUGGUGUACGCCGACCAGCACGAAACGGUCCGGUUGAACUGUGAGGUCGAUGCCGACGUCACCUCGAGCGUGUGGCUCAAGGACGGCCAGAUAGUGCACGUGAUGGACAAAAAGUCACGCACCGCGGACAUCCGGUUCGUGCGGGAGCCGCUCGGCGGGCUGACCAUCGCGAACGUGAUGCUGGAGGACGAUGGCGUGUGGCAGUGUGAGGCGGAGAAUGCGCGCGGCUUCUUCUUCAACGGCCGGCCCAUAAAGCUGAUCGUGCUGGAUCCACCGAAGGAACCGUACCUGCUGAUCGAUUCCCGCCGGCUCGAUGCGGGCAACAUGUUCAUCCCGGUGAAGGAAAACUCCGAGCUGGCGCUUGCCUGCGUCAGCGAGGGCGGCAACCCGAAGCCCACCCUCACGUGGGAGGUGCUGCUCAGCCCCGGCAUCGACCGGCAUGCACAGAAAAUUUCCAGCGAAGUACUGGAGCUGCAGGAGAUCCAGAAGGAUAAGCAGGAUAAGGAACCGUACAAGAUCAAUGCCGGCGCCGUGUCGGAGGUGAAGCUGCCCGCCGUCUUCCGGGUGCACCACAACGCCCGCAUCCUCUGCAUCAUGGAGCAUCCGACGCUGAAAGUGCGCCAAAACGCAUCGAUCCUGCUCGAUGUGCAGUACACACCCUCGUUCGCCAUCACGCGCACGCCCGGGUUCGGCUAUCCGCUGCGGGAAGGGAUCGAAGUUUCGCUCAAGUGCGAUGUCGAUUCGAACCCACCGAGCACGCCGCUGUGGCAGAAGGACGAUGGUGAUCCGCCGGUGCCGCAGACGGGCGACGGCUUUCUCAACUUUAGCUCGAUCCGGCGCGAACACUCCGGCUGGUACAAGUGCACCUCGAGGCAUCUCAACUUUCAGUACUCGAGCAUCGGAUAUUAUCUCAGCGUGCGAUACGAACCAGUGGACGUAACAUCCGAACCGGUCGAGCAGGAUCUUCCAAUGUCACCGUCUUCCUCCAGUUCCUCCUCGUCCUCCGCCUCCUCAUCCUCCUCGUCUUCCUCAUCGUCCGUCUCGAUGCCAUCGCCCGGGAGCUCUCUUCCGGGAGGAUCACCCAACGGAGCCGUCUCCCAGUCGGGCGCCGCUGGCACAGAUCAAACCGGAACCAAUCCCUUCAAAGCGGGUCAGAUGGAAGUUGAGCUCGGUGGCUCCGUGACCCUGCAGUGUCCACAAGGUUCGCUCGGUUGCUGGUCCCAUCUGGAUCCAAUGACGGCCCGGCUGAAAGGGCUCGGGGCCGGUAUCUACACACCCACGGGGCAGUUUUCCCUCAAGGAUGUCGUGUACCAGGACGCCGGGACGUACAAAUGCGUCGGCCAGAAUGCAAACAAUCGCAAAAAGCUCGAAGUGCUACAAACCGUCUCCAUUGCCGUCAAAGGAGCUCCGAGUGUAAGUGCUCGCAACAUGACACCCGUCGCCUACCCGGGCUCGCCGCUCCAUCUGUCGGUGGAGUUCUGUGCCAACCCGCCGGCGUAUGCGGCCCGCUGGCUGCACGGCGAUCGGGUCUACACGCCCGGCAACCAGUACGGGACGGACGUGCUCGCCUAUGGUUUCAUCGACUUACCGACACCAUUCUGCAAGGAGGCACGUCUGACCUACGUGCACAUGCACGAGAAGGUCCCGCGAACGUUCUACUUCAUCGUGUCCUCGCCCGGCGGCGUCGCGGAAGCGGUCUUCAAAGUCAACUACACGCUCAAACACAAGCAGAUGGGAUCGGGUGCGUCCGGUGCCGGUUCCGGUACCUUCGGUAGUCCCUUCUCCCUUUCCUCCUCUGUUUCAUCGUCCUCCGGUUCGGGUACCACCGUUACCGGGGGCAGCUCGGGAUACAAGAUCAACACCAACACGAUCAACACCGUGCCGGGCAACGGGCUGGACGAUGACGAGGAGCUGAUGGAGCCGGAAGAGAUACACUUCCCCAUCUUCGGCACGGGUGGCAGUGCGGGUGGCCGUGGAUGGGUGCUUCAUGCGGCCGUUCUUGCCGCGAGCAGUUUGCCACUCAUCGUGAUGGCAGUCAGCAGCAGUCCUUAUUAUUGUCUAUAGUAAGUCCACUAGUGAUCUAACUCUAAUCUUAUGCGGUAACUGUAACUUUCAAUUUAAUUUGAUGGCUCUCUUGUUUCACAAACUAACGCCUAACGUCCCUUUCGACAACUUACUCUGUGCGAUAUAAUGAGGAAAGGUUGUUUAAAGAAGCUGUUUGAAACGUUUCCAGUAGUUUUUGGGCAACUCUUUUUGGUAUUUAAAUUGAAUUGACCAUCAUGGGUCAUCAACGUCUCGUACGUCUCUUACUCUUGUAUCAGCUCUAAAUCCUGACCGAUCUCUCUAAAACUUCAAACUUUCACCUUGCUAUUCUCCCUCUCCCGUUAUUGUCAAUCUACUGAUUGUUGCAAAGAGCUCUAAUAGAUGAGACCAUUUGUACAUGUGCGCCUUCCCGUGGCGAUCUCUCUGUCACUCGCAACGUGCACACACGGAAACGAUCGAGCUAUACACAUCCGAACCAGAACCACAAAGUACACCAUGUCCUUCUGACUGGGAACUUUGGGAACGUUGGGUGAUCAUUUUCCACCAACCAAUACUACAUUGUAACAGGUGCAACUUAUUGCAAACCAACAUUUAAUGUACACAAAAGUGCGUAGAACGAAAAACAAACACCUUAAACGAGCUGGAAAUGGACCUAAUGGAGCAAAGUUUUUGAUCGAAAUAUAUUUACCAAAUGCGCGCCCCCCGUGAUUUUAUGAGCUGGUUGAGAGAACCCAACCAAAAGAGAGAGAUACAGAGAGAGUGAUGUUGACAAUGAUACAAGUUGAUGCAAAAAAUGAGCAAAGAUAUAAUGGUGCUUCAAUUGCGGUUCUUCGUUACAGUUCCUUUCAAUUUCUUUGUUUUUUGGUGCCAAAACGUUGGCUCAAUUUCGGCUCAUUGUAGGCUGAAAUGAGAUGUGGCUGUUCAGAACAAAAGAAACAAAAACGCAGUGACGCACUAACCUGUACAUAUUAGCCAAACAAACCUAACUCCCACGGCCCCCUCCCAUCAAACGGAUAACAAAUCGUCACCUAAGUUAAGCAUUGUUUUGUAUCACUUGUGUCCAUAACGGUUGGCAUCCGUUUCGUAUGC